CUACUAACUUACUGGGUUGGUGGUAGAAGCAGAGCAAACACCACCUUGACACAAGCACAGACAAGUUCAAGAGCUUUUUAUGAUAAGAUUUUCCAUUCCAUUCUCAUCACACUUAAGUCAUCAUACAAGUUCACACCUCUACUGAUAUAUAUCGAUAAUUUCUAACAGCCCGUUGAAUUAUCAACUACCCACCUGCCUCGGCAUCCUGAAAGCAUCAAAUGCUUUUCUGCAGUUCUUUGCUGCUGUUGCUAAUACUGCCUCAAUCUUAAAACGACGACUCUGCGUUAGAUAAUAAGAUGUUGAUAUGUCACACUGCUCCACUCCAUUUCGGGCCUAGGAUCAUCGAAGAGGAGGAGGAGGACCCUUAUUAUGACGUACGAGGGCCGGCACCGCGGUAUACGAUCUAUGAGCCACCGCCAACGUAUUCAUUAGAAGCGGCAAGCACAGACGCAGAGAAGCGACAGUUCGUGGCAAGAGUCUGGAACGGACUGUCAGCAUUAUUUCGAUCCUUUCGUCGACCUCCGACUUAUAUGAUAGUUAACAAGACCCAUGGCACCGCUCUUACUGAGAUCUCUCGAGUUCUUCGAUGCUCAAACCCCUUGGUUUCGUUCACACCUUAUAGUAUCGGAAUCUCUACUUGCGUAGGAAGGCCGAUAGUGGAGGUUGAUUUUAUGAACACUACGAGAUCUAAAUCGCGUCUUGACGGGCCCCUGAAAAUCUACGGCUCCCUUUAUGCCUCCAAGAGUCUACGUCUCAGGGGCGAUUGUGAAGUCGUACAGUCAAUAACUGUCCGUGGUCAUAUGCGUUCCAAUGGCAACAUGAUCUGCCAUGGAUCUAUCUCUACCAAAGAUGAAGGCAACUUUUAUGCCAACGGUUUGACCAUUUGCGGACAAUCUCUACAUAUCAGUGGUGAUUUUAAAAUCUAUGGCUGUUGUGUCGUUUCCGGCGACGUUGUCGUCAUGGGAUCUGUGACAGUCAACGGAGUUUUGUGAGUAGUUUCCACCUACCUAUCUGCCUGCCUGCCUGCCUGCCUGC